AUGAGCGGGGGGACGAGCAGCGAAGGCGAGGACCAUGGUCCCAUCAAUAAGCCUUCGGGGGCCAACUUUGUAGACUUGCCGGUCGGGACCAAUGGUGACAUGAUUGGCACCUAUUGGACCGCGAACCCGAAAAACAGCACCGCAACACAUGCGUUUGUCAUGAUCCAUGGCCGAUUACGAGACGGCGACAAGUACUGGAAAGUUAUGGAUGACGCCCUGACGAAUGCCGUCAAAGCCAAGUACCCAGGCGUGGACAAGGAUGCAAUCGUCGUCGCGCCCGAGUACUUCUCGACCAAGUUGAACGAGGGGCAAUACAAUGAGCACGAGCUCGGCUGGUCUGACGUGAACGCGUGGCAGGCCGGCGAGAUUGCGACGCACCCCAAGGGCACAACAGCUUCAGCCUUUGACGUUCUCGACGCGUUUGUCGCCGAGUUUGCCGACCAGACAAAGUACCCUGCGAUGAAGAACGUCACGCUUGUCGGUCACGGUGGCGGCGGCCAGCUGAUGCAGCGCUACGCUGUCGUCGGGCAGAGCCCGCCGUCAAACGUGCACGUGCGAUACAUCUAUGGCGACCCAUCGUCGAGCGUCUACUUCACAAAGGACCGGCCGCAGGUCAAAGCAUCCGUUGCUAACAUAAGCUCCUGCCCGAUGUACAACACAUGGCGGUACGGCUUUGCGAACUUCACCACUGACGUCAACCCGACGUCCCCGAAGCUGCCGAUCGACUACUUUGCACAGUACAUUCAGCGCGAUGUCGUCAGCAUGAUCGGUCUGCAGGACGUCAAGUCGUCCGGCGAUGAGUACUGCAUGGCGCAGCUGCAGGGCGGGCCGAAGCGCCGCGAUCGCAACCUUGCGUACUGGAAGUACAUCAACACGCUCGCCAAGACCAACUUUGACCUCACCGGCUUCAAUGCGACUUUCAAGCACCUGCCGGACUGGUCGAAUGUCUCGCGCAACGUCAUUGCACACCGCCUCAUCGUCAUCGAGAACGCCGACCACGAUGCGGCGCUCGUUUUUGGCUCCGCCGAGGGCCGCGCGGCACUCUUCUCCAGUGGCACGCUCCCUACCGGCUGGCGUCCAGUCGGCUGGAGCGCCGCAGGCAACGGCCAGCGCGUACCCAGCGCCAAGUCUGGCACCAGCAGCGCGAGCAACUUUGACAGCGGCUCUGGCUCCCACGCAAACAGCAGCAGGGCAGCGGGCACUCUCCGGAUAAGCGACGCUGUCGCGCUUGGGGCCGCUGCCACUGCCUUGAGCAUUGUACUGCUCCUAUGA